AUGACGCAGAGCUACGACUAUGAUGAAGGCUCUGAGACAUGGCCGUUUUUUGUUCUGGCAGUUCUUUGUGUAGUCCUGGUGCCGUUGACACUAAUGCAAGCCUACGAGAUAAUUGCCGCCAAAGACGAAGACAGUUCAAGCCAGAGCUCUCCAUUAGAAAAGCUGUCCGAAAAAUACACCGGUGAUCAGGUCAAAAGAUUUAGGGCUAAGUUCGCUCCAAAGAAAUCAAAGCUGUUGGCUAGAAGGAACCUGGUGAUCAUCGCAGGUUGGUGCAUGGUGGCGUUUCUAAUCAACAAAAUCGGUUCAAAUGGUGCUAUUAAAGAUGCGGCGACGCUUCUCUUUGACCCAUAUGCCCUUCUGGAUAUUUCGGCUAGCUCUACGGAUCGUGAAAUCCGUUCUGCAUACAGGAAGCUCUCGGUCAAGUUCCAUCCAGACAAACUGUCAAAAGAUUUGAGUGCUGACGAGAGGACUGUGUUGGAAGAGCAGUACGUUAUGAUUACAAAGGCUUACAAAGCGCUAACCGAUGAAAUUACCAGGGAAAACUACCUUAGGUACGGUCAUCCAGAUGGGCCGCAAGCCACCUCCCACGGAAUUGCGCUUCCUAAGUUCUUGGUGGACAGCUCGGCUUCUACGUUGAUGGUCUUAGGCUACAUCGCGCUUCUUGGGUUCAUUUUGCCCUUUUUUGUGAGCAGAUGGUGGUCAAAGACGCAGUCUUUUACCAAGAAAGGCAUCCACGCAAGGUCUGCUUCAUACUUCGCCGAUAGACUAUUUAACUUUAAGCCUUCUCAAGUUGUUACAACUGGCUUAAUUUUAAACUGGCUAUCACAUGCAGCUGAAUUCAAGUUAUUGUACCCUGACCUUACUCAAGAAACUUUCGAGUCUCUUUUGUAUGAUCAUAUCAAUCGCAGACACAGCGGCGAGCUGGAAACGGCUAAACUCAGAAUAGUUGCGAAAACUCACGCACUCCUUUUUGGGCUACUUGACAUAGCUACAACCUUUAGAAACUUGGAAAUCUCAACAGUGGCAAUUGAUACUUUCAAGAGCAUUGUUCAAGCAACUCCACUGACUUCACAUUCGCAAAUAUUACAGCUACCUAACGUCGACGCUAAACGUUUUGAAGAAGGAUCAGUUGAUGAUAUUCGCACUCUGGGAAAAUUGUUUACCUUCGAAGACGAGAAGAUUGGUAAAAUUUUAGGAAUCGAAGAUGAGACCAAGCUUCGCGAAACAUUGAGUGUUGCGGCUAAUAUCCCACAUCUGAAACUUCUAAGGGCCGAGUUUACUGUCCCUGGAGAGAGUGUGGUGACGCCAUUGUCCACCCCUCACAUAUCUGUAAAGGUCCUAGUCAGAUCUGCCAAGCACAAGUUCUUCACACCAAAUAAAAUCCCAGAUGAGUUAUACAAAGAAGAGCAAGACUUCGACUCAUUAAGGGACCCAUUCGCAUCUCUUUCCAAUCAGCCCGCAUUACCUCGCACUUUUGCGCCUCAUUUCCCUGCCAAGCGCAGUGGCUGCUGGUGCGCACUCGUUGUGCUUCAAAAGGACGGCAAGGUUAUUCAAACUCCCAUGCUGGUGGAUAGAUUAUCUUUUGCAAAUCUGAACAAAGACUUCGAUAAGAGAACGGUCAAGGACCUUGAGAAGGAGUUCAAUCCCGAAGAAUGGGAAAUUGGCACAAUAAAAAUUCCUUUCAGUCAGCCUGCUCCUGAUCAAAAAGGAGACUACUACUUCAGGGUUAUUGUCAAGAGCACCGAAUACUUUGGCGCAGACUUGGAUUUUACUUUGCCAAUGAUGGUGCGUGAGCUGUCAGAGGUCGAAGGGGCCGAAAAGAUAGCGGAUGAUUCAGCCUCAGACGAGGACGAUAGUGACCUUGAAGACGACGAAGAAGACAGUAAUGACGAACUCGAAGAUGACGAGGACAGUGAUUAUACUGAUAUCGACACGGACACUGAAGUUGAAGAAAAUUAA